CGGCGAGGAUAAAGCAAGAUGGCGUCUGACGGUGACGACGUUAUUGCAGUCGUCACAGUUCAGUGUUCUUAAUCUGUGCGUCCAUGUACACAUAUAUGUCCUUUAUUAGACUCUAUUAAAUAGAGUAAACAUCGUUAAUAACUGUUUGCAUCCGGUUAUAUUAGUCUGAGCGCACUUUGACGCUUCUCGAGCUAGCUUAGCCCGCUAAUUAGCUUAGCUUGUUAGCUGCUAACAAAGAGAGGCGGAAGUGAUCAAAACACAUCGCUAAGCAGAGAUCAAGUGUGAGUGUAAAGUGUUGUGAUUGUGUGAAAAUGUGCGAAAGAACGAUAGCAGAGUACGAGGAGGAACUUUGUCCAACAAAAGAGGAGAAGGAGCGACAACAUCAAAAACAUCAAGUUGUGUUACACAGAACAGACAUCCAUCAGCUGAUUGGACACCAAGAAGAAUGUCUCCCUCAUCUGCAGGGGGACAGUUUCACUUUAGAGGAUCCACAGCCCUCACUUUUUAAAGGGGACAAGGAGGAUCCACAGCCCUCCUAUUUCAAAGAGGAAAAGGAGGGAGAGUGUCCUGUAGGGCAGGAGGAGGCUGAUCUCACCAAGUUUCCACUGACUGUUGUCUCUGUGAAGACUGAAGAGCAUGAAGACAAACCACCUGAGUCCUCACAGCUUCAUCACAGUCCAAACGUCUGUGAAGAACAUCUUCUCUCUGAGCAACACAAGUGGAGCUUCAGGAUGGACAAGGAGGAGCCACAGCCCUUCCACAUUAAGGAGGAAGAAGAGGCGCCACAUACAUUACAAGUGCAAAGGAAAGAAAAUAACCCACUGACCUCCCAUUUUAAAGAGGAAGAGGAGGAACACAGCAUCAGUCAAGAAUGGUUGGAGGAGUUCCAUGUGAUUGUGAAGAGUGAAGAUGAUGAGGUCGACAGUGAAAGUGAGGAGAAGAGAGAGGCGGAGCCUCCAAGCAGCAGCUCAACUCAACACAUGACAACAGAAGCUGAUGGAGACCACUGUGGAGGAUCACAAGCAGACAAGCUCUUAGCUCCACUAUCAGAUAGUGAGGACACAACGUCACACUCUCCUGACACUGAUGAUGAACACUCUAAAGAUGAUAAGACAUGUCACACUGACAACACACACUUCACAUGUUCUCACUGUGACAAAACCUUUAAACACAAUUGUCAUCUGGUAAGACACAUGAGAAUACACACUGGUGAAAAACCGUUUUCCUGCUCAGAAUGUGGUAAAGGUUUUAUACAAAGUCACAAUUUGAAAGUACACAUGAGAACACACACUGGAGAAAAACCUUUUUCAUGUUCAGUGUGUGGCAAAGGUUUUGUACUAAGACGCACGUUGAAAGUACACAUGAGAACACACACUGGACAAAAACCAUUCAUGUGCUCAAUUUGUGGUAAAAGAUUCACCGACCAAUCAGGUUUGAUAAGACACACAAAAAUACACACUGGUGAAAAACCUUUUAUCUGUUCCGAAUGUGGUAAAGGUUUUUUGCGAAGUUUCUGUUUGAAAGCACACAUGAGCAUACACACUGGAGAAAAACCUUUGUCAUGUUCAGUCUGUCAUAAAGGUUUCACACAACGUGGUGAGUUGAAAAGGCACAUGAGAACACACACUGGUGAAAAACUUUAUACAUGUUCAGUGUGUUGUAAAAGUUUUGUACAAAGUUCGCAUUUGAAAAGACACAUGAUAACACACACAGAAGAGAAAGUGUUGAGUUGCAGUGUGUGUGGUGAAAGAUUCUCUUCUAAGUACCAGUGUAAGAAACACAAGUGUGCUGGUGAGAACAGCAGCAGCAAAUGAAGAUGCAGGAUUUGAAACAAACUUUCUAACAACAUCAGCACUUAUAACGUGUGACAUCAUUGUUGUGUGUGUAACACAAUCUUGUUAAUAUAAUUCUAACAUUUAUAGAUUAGACACUUCAGAUUAGUGCUUUUAUUUCAGUCAAGUACAUGAGUUAAUAUACACAUUUGUGUACUUUAAAAUGAACAGAACAAUUUGACUGAAAAGGUGAGAAUAAACACUACAUUAAAUAUGUUACAAGCAAUAAACAUUUAAUGUGUAUAUAUUCAUAAUUCACUUUUAUACUUAUUCAUAAUAGUGUUUUAUAUAUGUUUUUUUAAAUAAUGAAGUAUUACAUUUUUUAUUUUCUAAUUGUAGAUGAUUCCAUAGAUGAACUCCUUUAUAUGAUAUACAUAUUUGUUGUACAUGUGUUCAUACCUUUGCUUUUGAGUACACAUAAAUCCCUCUUAGUUCAUAUUUACUGGUUCACAUCUGAAACAUUUUCUGGACCACUUCUGGAAGCAUAUUAUUAUUGACUUUAUACAUCAUUUAAACAGUUGUGUUUUAUACAAGAUCAUUUACUUUUAAAAUGUGUGACUUUAUGAAUCAUUUGUUGUGUGUUGAUAAUCCAUUCUAUUAAUUAUAUUUAUUAUUCUCCUGUGUAAUAUGAAUAUUGUUUUGUGAUUGUUUUAUAUGUAUGUCCCCAGACCUUUAUGUAAUAAACAAUGUAUGCUUCAACUAAAGUUGGGUACAAUAAAUGUAGUUAAUAUUUGUGAGUAUGUG